UUGUCAUGGUUCUGUCACUGUCAAUAACUAACGAAAACGAAAUAAACAAAUAACAAAUAAUAAAUAUGUCAUAAUUUGAAGAAUUCCAUAAAUAUAAUUAUGAAUAUUUAUCUGUAGUAGAACAAUUGAGAAUAUACCAAUUAUAUUUCAAUCGAAAUAACUUGAUAAAUAAAAAAGCUUGUUGCUGUUUUUAUGGGAGCUAUAUUUGUUUGGUACAAUUGAAUUCUUAAAGAUAUACAUAAUAUCUAAAAUAAUACCUCAUGAAAAUGGAUGAUUCGCAAUUGGAGAUGUUAGAUGAUAUGAAAGGUAUUGUCGAAGGAGAAAUGAAUAUUCCUGUAUCUAAGAGUAUUGGGAAUUUAGGUUCACCAGACUUCAAUACUCUAGACGAACCUAUAAGCGAGACAAUAUUACGAGAUUUAAAAGCAGUUGGAACAAAGUUUGCUCAUGUGCUGAUACCAUCUGAAAAGAAAUCACUACUUAAAGAGUGGGAUCUCUGGGGACCUUUAAUAUUAUGCACUUGCAUGGCUAUGAUUCUUCAAGGGUCUAACAGAAACCCAGAUUCGAAUGAUGGGGGACCUGAAUUUGCUCAAGUUUUUGUGAUAGUAUGGAUAGGUUCAAUGAUUGUUACAUUGAAUUCAAAAUUAUUAGGUGGUAAUAUUUCCUUUUUCCAGAGUGUAUGUGUUCUUGGAUACUGUUUAUUACCAACAGCUAUUGCAUUGAUAACCUGUUCGAUAAUUUUAAUGGCUGAAGACACUUAUUUUCUAUUUGCCUUGAGAGUAAUAGUAUCACUAAUUGGUUUUGGAUGGGCGACAUAUGCUUCAAUAAUUUUUCUGGGAGAUAGUCAGAAACCAGGAAGGAAGGCACUAGCCGUUUAUCCGAUUUUCUUAUUUUAUUUUAUAAUUUCCUGGCUUGUAAUGUCUCAUACAAAUGUGUAAUUUGAUGGAUAAUUUUUACAUUCCCAUAAAAAAAUAAGCAUUUUGUGCACACAGUUUCAAAAUAUUACAACAGGGUAUUUGAAACGAAAUGCUGUAUUAUAUUAUGUGUUUCUGAACUUUAACUACUUAAGUUGAGCUGAAAACAUUGUUCUUUAUUUCAUAAUAAAGACUUUAAAUGGAAGAUCCAACUUUUUUGGUGGAUAAAAUAAUAACAUAUUAUUAUAUAAUACAACUGUUGGAAUUAAAACAAAACUGUGUGUUAGUGUAACAUAAUUUAAUAAAUAAACAGAAGUUUACAAAAAAUUA